AUGCAUUGUCUCACGUCAGCACAGAAAUGCGUGACGGGUUGCUAUCCGACAACUGCUGUGCAGCUGAACCGGGUGCUGGAGACUACAAGCACGCCCCCACCCACAGCCCAACGAACACAGGACAACCUCACACAAAGCUUGUCAAUCAAGAUGGCAUCCUCGGAAACAACAGCUGCAGCAGUGACUGAGCAGCCCCCUGCCGAUGAUGGGUCAAGCGGGUUGGUAGGGCCCAUGGGGAUGGAGGAACCAACCGUUGGCGUGUCAAAUACGAUGGUCAGUUGGGGGCCAGGGGAGAUGGGAAUGAGCUGCUGUUGGACGAUUUUCUCGUGCCCGUACCGAGCCACUCAAGCUUCACGCCUCUCCUCGAUCACCGAGCAACAGAGGGAUUUCGCGCACUUCUGUAACGUGAGCUACAGCAACCCGGACGACCGCCCCACCGAGCUCCGCGGUUACGAACUCUUACAGGGCGAUAUGCCUCUACGCGACGGGGCCGACGAGUCUGGCGCCACUACUGAACCGCUGAAUGCCCAGCGCUGGAUGGUGUAUCGCCACCCCAACAGGGUAAACCACGCUCUCGUCUUCAGAGGUACUGUCGACAAACUAGACAUAGAGUACGACGCACACCUUCUCACGAAAGGACUCGCCGACCAUAAGCUCAUGAUGGAUUCGGCCGCAUUUGCGCUGAGGGCGAUGGUGUUCUUAGAGAAGCAAGCCAAGGAGGAACGCCAUGCCGGUGCCGGUGGAGCAGACAGUCUCGACACUACUUGUCUCAAGUUCUGGGUGACGGGGCAUUCGCUGGGAGGCUCCACUGCUAUGGGGGUGAUGCUCCUGCUGAACGACCCUGUUGCCAUGGCUGCGACUCUGGAAGCCAACGCGAAGACGCACAAAUCAAGGCAACAGUUCUUGGAGAUGUACAGGGAGAAGAUCGUGGACAUGUACAACGCCGCUGUCGCCGAGAUAUAUUCCAACCGCCCGUACGAACUAGUCGGUGGGGACAUCUUCAACCCCGGCAGCCCCCCCCGAUGUAUUCUGCUAUCCAAUCCGUGUGUGUGUCUGUUCGGGUUGCUGUCUCUUCCGGCGUACAUCAUCAGCCGCUGUGGCUUGUUCUGCUACCGGUGCUGCAAGCAAAGCCGCCAACAUGGGCCUCGCGCGGACCUGCUGGUGAACAAUCACCACGUCCUUGGCGACACCAUCUCGAUGACAUUCCGCAUGGGCAAGGAGCAGAGCUACUGGCCCAACCAUUGGAAAAUGCACGCCAUAGCGCAAUUUCUCUGAAGAGUCGAAUGAGAAGGAAAGCAGCUCGUCUGAAUUUCAAAAUGGGCUGCAAUUUUUUUCUCUUUGGCGCACAUGGCAGGGAUGUCCAUCCGGUUGGGGAAACAUCCAGCUCUUAAUGUACAUAUAAUCCUCGGGGUGUGCGUGACUUUGCCCGCGCUUUAUGCGGCCUAGUAAACUAUGUGUCAUUCCAGUGUUGCUGUAUGUUCCUCAGUUUAUCUUGCAGGCCCCAUGCGCGUGCUUCACGGUAAAGACGCGGCUCGUGCAACAGGGGGCACCUCUAGAACUCGAAUCGAAGUACAGAAAGUAUUUCAGGUGUUUCGCUCCUUUUUAGCCAAUUUGGUGGUGGCAACCGGCAUUUCGAGGCCGUUCCUCGCAUGGCGGUCUUUGUCUGUAUUGUAUACGAGUAUUUGAAUGUGCGAUACGGCGGCCGUAAGCGAAAUUCAGACCCGUCACUCUUCGUUUGAUGAACACUGACGGAUAGCUGUUGAAAAUGGUGCAACUGCCUUGCUCAAGGUAUUGACGUCGGCAUGGCUCCCAAUAACUGUUUCUGAGCUGUCCUCACAUGCACGUGAGUGAGUCUCGUGUCAUGUUUUGUAAGCACACUCUUUUGCGUUUUCAAGGCGUGGGCGUUUUCUGUCCUGCUUUCUUGAUGGUCAUGGUUU